CUAGUGCGCUCAGUGGAAUCAAUAUCAAAAUUUAGUUACAAAACACAGAGCGUUUAAUUGUUAAAUCUCCAAUAAUUAAUAAAAAAAAGUGUUGUGAAAAUUAACUGAGCUUGCAAGUAAGAGUCAGCAAGAAAAUAAAGUAACAAUUGUUAAAAAUAAUUAACGAGAAAGAUUAAUGAGGCAAGAAAAAAACACAAAAAUUCGUCCGCCGGGUGACAUUCAGCACGGAGGCGCGAUGAUUGACCAGGACAUGGCCGGUGCCCAGGACACAAUUUACUUGUGCAAUUUCCGGGUCUCCGUCGACGGAGAGUGGCUCUGUCUCAAGGAGCUCCAGGACGUCGAGUUCUCGAUGCAGGACUCGAUGCAGAGGUCCCCCUCGCCGCCUCUGGCUAUCAGCGGUAUUGAAAAAACUCAUCACCGUCAUAAUGACUCGUGUUUGAGAUUAAAUCAACAACGGCAAUUGCGCUCGCAGUCUGAUCUUAAGAAUGAGCUUUGCGACAUUCUAAGCCCACCGCAAAUUCACCACUUCAGCUUGUCGCGUGAUCCAGUAAUAAUCGAGCGAAGUAACUUAGUAAAUAUAUCAAAACUAAUCGUAAAAGAACUGAUAGAAACAUCUUUAAAAUACGGAAGAAUGCUCGAUUCGGACCACAUGCCAUUGCAGCAUUUCUUCAUCGUCCUCGAGCACGUUUUGCGGCACGGUCUCAGACCCAAAAAGGGUCUUCUUGGUCCAAAAAAGGAGCUUUGGGAUAUUUUGCAAUUAGUCGAAAAAUACUGUCCAGAAGCGCAAGAUAUCACCUCUAGCAUCCGCGACUUGCCUACUGUGAGAACGGCGAUGGGUAGAGCUCGGGCUUGGCUACGAAUGGCAUUGAUGCAAAAGAAAUUAGCGGACUACUUAAAAAUUCUUAUCGACCACCGCGAUGAUUUGCUAUCAGAAUACUUUGAACCCGACGCUCUGAUGAUGAGCGAAGAAGCUAUUGUUAUCAUGGGCUUGCUUGUUGGUCUCAAUGUUAUUGAUUGCAAUUUUUGUGUCAAGGAAGAAGAUCUUGACUGCCAGCAAGGGGUCAUCGAUUUUUCGCUGUAUUUACGUAACAGCAAUCACAUACCCGGUGACUCUCCGGAUGAAGAGCUGGAGAACGACAAUAUGACCACUGUGCUUGAUCAGAAGAAUUAUAUUGAGGAGUUGAAUCGUCAUUUGAACGCUACAGUUAAAAAUUUACAAGCAAAAGUUGAAUCUCUGACCACGACAAACGCUUUGAUGAAAGAAGAUCUAUCAAUAGCGCGCAAUAAUAUUCUUUCGAUACAAGAAGAAAAUCGACAGCUUAAAAAAGAACUUGGAAUUGAAGUUAAAGACACUGUUGAGACCGGAAAAACCCCGAUUAAAAUCACCGAAACUACUUCAGAAAUUGAGGAAUUGAGAAGCAGGCUUGAGAGUGAAAAAAAAUUGAGAUCUGACGUCGAAAAGGAAUUGGCUUUACAGGUUAGUAUGAAAUCUGAGAUGGAAGUUGCGAUGAAACUUUUGGAGAAAGAUAUCCAUGAAAAACAGGACACUAUUAUUUCCUUAAGAAGACAAUUGGAGGAUAUAAAAUUGAUUAAUUUGGAGAUGUACAAAAAAUUACAGGACUGCGAGAGUUCGCUUAAGCACAAAACUGAAGUUAUUGUCAAAUUGGAAGCUCAGACAUUGUCUAUGUCUGAGACCAUUCAAAAAAUGGAUCAAAAGUGCAAAGAAAUAGACAAUGUGAGGUCGGGAAGUGAGGAACGAGCACGGUUGCUGGAUGCCAAAGUAGCCGAACGUGAGGCACGAGCCAAUGGAGUGGAGAGAGAAUUAAAAGUGGAACGCGAGUGGCGUACUUCACUUCAAGAAGCUUCUGUUUCAAACACUGAAAAGAUUUCCCAGCUAUUGCAAGAAAUUGACCAGCUGAAGAGCGUUCACGAGAAAUAUCUGACCCUCCAAGAAGAGCACUACGCGUUACGUGAAAUCUGCACAGAACAAGAACGCACGCUGGAAGAACUCGGCGGGCAAUUAAGCUUAGCGAAAUUAGCGGCCUGCGAAUUACGUGAAGCCGUAGACAAUGCGCAAUAUCAAGCAGCUAAUAAUGAAGGAACUAAUGGUACUCCAACAUGGGCUAACGAUCGACUUGUUACUAAUUGCAAAGGUUGUAAUCGAGAGUUCAACUUAACUCGUCGUAAGCACCACUGCAGAAACUGUGGAAAAAUAUUCUGUAACGCUUGCAGCGACAACACGAUCGCUUUGCCGAAUUCAGCGAAGCCAGUCCGAGUCUGCGAUGAGUGUCACGUCUUUCUUGUCGGCCGGUACUCUGUUCUCACUCCUUAAUACAACGACUGGACAAGGAAUUACAAGAAUAAAUAAUUAUGAAGAUUAAAAAUAAA